AUGGCAGCUCCCGAGGCCGCGGCCAAGGACAAAGUCUUCCGUACAGCAGGGCUGCUUAAAGAGGGCGAUCCGCGCCCGCUUCCGCCCAGCUACCGGAAGUUUCCGUUUGAAACACAGGCGGCAGACCUGGUGGGCGGCCGGACGGUUGCAGCGGAGCAUCUUCUGAGCAAGGGCGACGAGGACUACGAGCAGGAGGAGCUGGCGCCUGGGGCCCAGCCGUGCUGCCCAGUUACGAUGACCAGUGUGGAUAAGACCGUGUACUGCCUACAGGCCCCUUUUAUGCUGAGCGACGGCCUGCCCGCAGACACACAAACUCAAGGCACUUCUAAGAAGAGUCUGUUACCUGUAAGGUCCAAAGAAGUCCUUGUUUCCAAACAUCUUCAUUCAGGAGGGCUAGAGAAUGAUGUUGCAAAAAUCACCAAAUCGAGACGAGAGAAUGGGCAGAUGAAGGUUGCAGACACUGCCAACAGAAGGAAUGUCAAAAAGGGCUACAAACCACCAUGUAAGCAAAAAUCAGAGGAAGAGCUCAAGGAUAAGAACCAGGUCUUAGAGGCCAUCAAUAAGCAGUUGCACCAGAAGUUGACUGAAACUCAGGGAGAGCUGAAGGACUUGACCCAGAAGGUAGAGCUGCUGGAGAAGUUUCAAGACAACUGUCUGGCAAUUUUGGAGAGCAAAGGCCUCAUCCCAGCUUUAGACAAUGAGACCCUGGCAUCACAGCAAGAAGCCACGACAGAUCACACGGACUCUAUGUUGCUGUUAGAAACUUUGAAAGAUGAACUGAAGCUUUUUAACGAAACAGCCAAAAAACAGAUGGAGGAGUUACAGACAGAGCCUCAAACUGUCACCCUGGGUAGAGUGUCGUGGCAUCACAGCUCACAGCAACCUCCAACUCCUGGGCUCAAGCGAUUCUCCUGCCUCUGCCUCCCAAGUAGCUGGGACUACAGGCACCCACCACAAUGCCCGGCUAUUUUUUGGUUGCAGCCGUCCUUGUUUGGCAGGCCUGGGCUGGAUUUGAACCCGCCAGCUCAGGUGUAUGUGGCUGGCGCCUUAGCUGCUUGAGCCAUAGGCACUGAGCCACACUAUAUUAAUUUCUAUGUCUUUACAAAACAUCUCAGUUUCUGGUAGUAUAAUUCUCUAACUUGUUCUUCUUAGGGAUUUUCUUUGUUAUUCUAGGUCUGUUGCACAUCCAUAUACAUUUUAAAGUCAGCUUUCUGAUUUCUAUAAAAACCCUGUUGGGAUAUUGAUUAGCAUUUUAGUGCAUCUAUAGAUCAAUGUGGGGAGAACUUCUAUCUUAACAAGACUGAGACUUACAAUCCAUUAACAUGGUAUACUUUAUUUAGGUCUUUAAUUUCCCUCAACAACACGUAUAAUUUUCCAUGUUGAGGUCUUGCACAUCUUUCAUAAGAUUUAUUCCCAUGUGAUGUCUGUACUGCUUUGUAAAUCUCAUUUUCCAAGUAUUGUUUCUAAUAGUGCCCACUACGUAUUCUUGCAUUCAGUUAUCUUGCUAAAUUUAUUAAUUCCAAUAGCUUAUAAUAGGUUCAUUUAGAUUUCUUUUAGAUUUCCUACGUAUACAAUCAUACCAUCUGUAAAUAAUGAGUUAUACCUCUUCCUUUACAAUCUCUAUAUCUUUUCUAUAUUUUCUUGCUUAGUUGCAGUGUCUAGAAUCUCCAGUACCAUGUAAAGCAGGAUGGUGAUAGUAUUUAUCCUCGUCUUAUUCCCAGCCUCAAAGGGAAAGUGUUUAAUACUUUACCAUUAAGUAUGGUGUUAGCUGUAAUUUACUUAUAGAUGCCCUUUACUAGGAUAGUUGUAGAUUAAGGAAAUUCCAUAUCUCCUCUACUGAAUGUUUUUAUCAUGAAAAGAUGUUGAAUUUUAUCAAAUGUUUUCUCUGCAUCCAUUGAUGUGUUCAUAUGGUUUUUAAUGUUUCAACCUGUUAUAUAAAAUUUAUAAAAAGCCAUUGAUUUGGACUGAGGUCCUGCACUAGGCCCAAUGGAUCAAAUCAAUGGAGUCACAUGCAGAAGUUCCACACUACCAACCUGAAACUAAGAUCUUUAUCUGACCUUCCAAGAAAUCAGGAGAGAGAAUAGCCAAAUCCCCAAUGUGCCAGUGUUAAUGGCAUGAUAGGAAGUCUCCUCUGCUUUAAUCUUCUCAAGAAAGUAACUAGAAUAAUAAAUAAAGCCGAUUAAGAUAUUUAAAUUUGGCUCGGCACCCAUAGCACAGUGGGUACAGUGCUAGCCACAUGCACCAAGACUGGCAGGUUCGAACCCAGCCCGGGCCAGCUAAACAACAAUGACAACUGCAACAAAAAAAUAGCUGGGCGUGUGGCGGGCAGUUUGAGCUUAAGCCUUAGGAGUUUGAGGUUGCUGUGAGCUGUGACAGCAUAGCACUCUACUGAGGGUGACAUAGCGAGACUCUGUCUCAAAAAAAUAAAAAGAUGUGAUUUUGUAUUUUUUUUUUUUUAUAGAGACAGAGUCUCACUUUAUUGC